AUGGAACGACUAAAGCAGAAGCGGACGGCUCUGAGGUCUCAAGUAACGAGACUGAUCUCCGAUAUCGACGCAGCUAUCGCAAGGCACUCCGACGAGCGAAGCCUCAACGUAUUAUCGGUGAGGCUCAGUGAGUUGCGAAUACAGCUGAGCAACGUGAACGCAUCCUUUGAACCACUGCUACCUGACGGAGACGUUGAGCAAAACUACGAUCGCACGAUUGAAUAUGACGACAAGGUCGUCACGUACAUCGCCGCCAUCGCACAGGAGGUAGAGGAACUCCGACGAGCGAGGCCCCAAGCCGGUACAACGCGGAUUCACAACGACGGCGACGGACACGUUGCAACCUCUAAGGUGAAGCUGCCGAAACUGGAGCUUCAACGGUUUGGCGGUGCAGCUGCCGAUUUGCAACCCUUCUGGGAACAGUACAAGCAAGCCAUACAUGGCAACGACAGCCUUUCUAACGCUGAGAAGUUCUUGUACCUGCGGUCGGCGCUUACGGGAAAGGCAGCAUCGGCGAUAGCCGGCAUUCAAGCAGCGGGAGAAAACUACGAUACCGUCGUUGAGCUUCUCAGGGAGCGCUUCGGUUGGACUGACGUUCUCAUUCAAGAACACCUCUCCCAACUACUUGCGGAUUGCGACGUCUCUAUGACCACUUGCAACGUAAUAUGGCCGCUCUCACCGCGCUCGGAAUGA